AUGAUCAAUCCCAAGAGGCUCGUUGCACUCGUGAGGAAGUGGCAGAAGUUGGCUGUCAUAGGUAGGAGGAGAAUCUCCAUGUCCAGAACAGAUGUCACCGCAGACUCGGAAGCAUGCAAGAAAUCUAAACCCAAUAAGGGCCAUUUCAUCAUCUACACUGCAGAUGGAAGACGGUUUGCAGUUCCCUUGGCGUAUCACAACAGCCCCAUUUUUCAAGAGUUAUUCAAAAUGUCCGAGGACAAGUAUGGAUUACCAGGCAACGGACCUAUCAAAAUUCCUUGCCAUGCAGUCUUCAUGGAUCACAUUGUUUCGUUGCUGCAGAGAAAGAUGGCUGAAGAUGUUGAGAGAGCUCUGCUUAUACCUGCAGCAUCCUUAUGCAGUUCUUUGAAGGAAAUGCUUAGUGAUUUCAGAUCUCUCAUUGCUUCUUUUAAAGGCGAGUUCACUCUCCGUGCUAUUCUCAAUGGACACUUAGAUCUUUCUCAAGCUGAAAAUGUUGGAAAACUCAUUUCAGCUAAAUUUGUUGUUGUUACAAAUGCUGCACUGGUAGGGAUCUAG